AUGCUCAAGAUCGUGCUUAGGACCAGCGGGGCCGACGUGGUAUUCUCGGGCGCGACCCGCAAGGUUCAGGCGCUCCUUCGCUCUCACGGGGUCAUCACCGACGACGACCCGGUCUUCAACAGCCUCGACACCGCACUGGAGUGGUCCGAGGAGAUGAUGCUGGACGAGCGGAGGGAAGAGAUGCUUCUUCGCGGCGGGGGGGCCACGGCUUCCCCGUCCCUCGGCGGCUCCCUCCUCCGACAACAAAAGCAGCAGGCGUGUUUGGCGGGGACGACUCCCCCCCCCCUCGCCCUGACGACCCAGGCCCAAGGCCGACACACGACGGAAGAACCAGCGGGAGGUGGGGGGGGAAUGCCGCCGGCCGGGAGCAAUAACGAGGAGGGAGAGGGGGAACAGGGCCGCCCCGCCGCCGCCGCGCCGGAGGCGGAGGCGGAGACGGCCGUGUUUCUCGGGGACCACGAGGACUACUACCUCCGCGCCGGAACUCUACGGAGACGGAGCUCGUUUAGCACCCAGAUCUCCGACCGAGGCUUGGACAACCCUCUCGUUGUCGGAGAUGUUGGAUCUUUGCAGUCUAUCCUGGAGGACUACUUGGAAGUUGACCGUUACCAGGCCCCGGAAAGCGUCCGCAGCGUGCUUGGGGAGGCCAAAUCUUUCUUCCGGCAGGAGCGCGUGGCGGCCGGAGCUGUGCUGGCUGACCACGGCAACCCUUCCUCUUCUUCCUCCUCGCCCGAGAAGGUUUACUUCAUCGGGUCCGGUAGCGUGGAACUGCAGAUCCCCGGAAAGUGCGGCCCCAGACGCCUCCAAAAGGUUUGCGCUGGAGGCACCUUCGGCGAGGUGGGUUUUUUCCUCAGGACCCCGCAGGCGUUUCGCGCCGUCACCAGGGAGCCGUGCCACCUGCACACGCUCGACAGGACGGGCAUGGCGGCCAUGCAGCACCAAAACCCGGGGCUGUGCAUACUGGUCCAAAAGGCCGUGAUGAAGUCAAUCUGUCUAGCGGCGUCGCUCUCCAUCGAGUCGGCGCACCUCGGACCGGUGGACGAUGGCCGAUCGGUGAGGCUUGGCAGGAUUGAGGAGGAGCGCUAG